ACUAGUAGGUACACUAAUUAGCACAGUCACAUUGCCCAUUGUGUCCAAUUACGUUUGUGAGCAAACAAGUAGCAUUGCUACUGAGAGACAAUAAGCAGGAUUUCAGACCAUGUACCACUACUAACAGUUGAAUUUAUGCAGAGUGUACCUCUAACAGAAAUUCACUAUCAGAUUGUUUAUUGCAUUUUAACAAUCUUGUUAGGUUUUGCAUACCUUUUAAAAUGGGUGAUUGCUUAGAAGGCCCAUGUCCUUCGGAGGCCCCAUCUGCAGCAGGGGACUUGGCAGGAGGGAGCAGCGCAUGCACUAAGGAGAUGACCUUGGAGCAAAAACAACAGGCAGCAUCUCUUCACCCCUUCUCUCAAGGUCAUUCCCACAUACUGCUACAAUUAUGGAUUAGCACACUAUGUGAACUACUACCUGUGAAGUUUCUGAAAUGUCUAUCUUAUAUAAAUUGCAAGGACAAGGCAUUCAACCCUUACCUGCAACAAAUUGAACGACAGCUAAAAUGCUUGGCAUUUCAAAAUCCAGGACCUCUGCUGGCAGAUUUCAACCCAGAAACUCGGGAACAACAAAAGAAAGUCUGUAUGUCAAUGAUAAACCAGGAUUGUUUUAAUACUACAAAGAAGACUCUGAAGAAAUAUGAUAAACACGGUCAUCUGAUUUCCAAUAAAACAGAUUUGUGUGAUUGUCUAGAGAAGAACUGCCUGGGCUGCUUUUACCCUUGUCCUAAAUGUAAUUCAACAAAGUGUGGGGCGGAAUGUCGCUGCAACCGAAAAUGGGUCUAUGAGCAGAUUCAGGUGGAGGCUGGCCAAAUCAUUCGAUUUCCAUUUCGAAACAACUAGAUCACAUUAUGUUUCCUGAUAUUAUUUUUCUCGCUUUUGUAAAGAAAAAGGGCAUUUUUAUUUUACAAAUAAAUGCAGGGUUGUUGUUCAGUCACUAA